UCUCAGCAUGUAGUUCAUGUGCUUUGAAUUUAAUAUAAUCUGGUUUUGACCGACUUAUGUUCAUAUUUAUGAUAUCUUGAACUUGAACUGAUGGCUGACAUCAUAAAUCAGGGGAAUGAAGGAGAUCUUCAGGCUCAAAUCGAAGAGGUCGAGGCUCUGUCUGCCAUCUAUGGGGAUGAAUGGUGUGUCAUAGAUGAGGCAUCCAGAAUAUUUUGCAUUAAAAUAUCUGACGACUUGGAGGAGCCGAAAUUAACAGCGUGUUUGCAGAUAAUUCUCCCACCUGAUUAUCCGAGCACCGCCCCGCCUAUCUACCAGAUCAAUGCAGCAUGGUUGCGAGGCCCUGAGAGGACCAAAUUGGCAAACAGCCUGGAAGACCUCUAUGUGGAGCAUGUGGGGGAGAGCAUCCUCUACCUGUGGGUGGAAAAAAUUAGAGAAUUCCUGGUGGAGAAAUCCCAGAGCUCAGACACAGUGGAGCACCCCGAGAAGGUGAACGUGACUGCUGAGGAGGACGUAGAUGAUGAUGACGAAGAGAUACCAGACUUCAGGACUCUCAAGCUGAACACAGAAAAUGCUCAUCUGUUCAUGGAUCAUGCACACGAUGAAGAGUUACCUCCUAUAAAACACGGAAAUACCAUCACAGACCGACGCAGCACUUUUCAGCCUCAUGCAGCACCUGUGGUGACCCCCAGACAGGUUAAAAUGGUCCUGGAGAAGCUGUACGAGAACAAGAAGAUUGCGAGUGCCACUCAUAACAUUUAUGCAUACAGGAUUUACUGCGAGGACAAGAACAGCUUCCUGCAGGACUGUGAGGACGACGGCGAGACGGCCGCAGGGGGGAGAUUGCUCCAUUUACUUCAGAUUCUGGACGUGCGUAACGUCAUGGUGGUCGUGUCUCGGUGGUAUGGAGGUAUUUUGUUGGGUCCUGACCGCUUCAAACACAUCAACAACUGUGCUAGAAAUAUCCUGGUGGAGGAAGGAUACACUGCCUCCACGGAUGAGGCCACCAAAACUGGAGCGAAGGCCAAAAGGACAAAAAGCAAGAAGACGAAAUGAAAUUUAAAAGAAAAAAAAAGGACUUUUAUUCAAACAUGUUCACAGUCUUGUGAUUCAGAUGGAUCUUAAAGGUUCAGUGUGCAGGAUUUGGGGGAUAUGUUGACAGAAAAUGGAAGUAAUAAUCAUGUUUUCAUUAUAUUAGAAUGAGUUAUUUACAUUUAUAUAGGGAGCGAGUCCUCAAGCCCAACACGUUCUCAUCUCGUUCUAAUCCUCACCGCUAGCUGCCACUAAAUCCCCCUAAAUCUUACACACUGCUCCUUUAAUAGAGACAAGUAGGGAUUUCUUACAAUUAGAAAUAAUUUAUUAAAAUCAUGACAGAAUUUAUAUUAAACCAUUUUAAAUGAAAAGCCUUGAAAUUAAAUGUUUACAGUACGUUUUCAUUAAAACAAACCAUUAGGUUUGUACUGAAAAUAUGACUUUGACAUCUUUAUAUUCAUCAGUCCUCCAUGAGGAUCGUCGAUUCAUUUUAUUAGAAAACCACAUCAUUACACGCUUGAAUGAAGGAUUUUGUUCAGGACAUGACAUCUCUUUCGUGACGUUCAUUUUAAAUGAUGAUUCUCCAUUCUGUCCUGAUAUAAAUGUGUGAAUGCUUGUCCUUGUACGUGUUAAUUCAGCUUUCCGCCGAAUCCACAUGUGAAUGAAAUUCAUACACAAGUAAUUCAGCGUCUCUAAGAAAUAUGAUCAAGACUCGACAAAAUGAAGUUCACCGAGUUUCAAUGACACUCUUGCACUCCCUCUCACAACGCUCGUGUCCGCUUCCCCCAGUGUAUUUGACAGCCACUUGAAGCCUGCUAAAUAUUCAACUUUUCACACUUGUGUGUUCUACUGAAGCUUUUACCCCACAUCAGCUCCUGUGGGAUUUUGCCUCACCUCACCGUUUUGGUGUCAUUUGAUCCCUGGAAAGACACGGUCUGCAUAUUAACCACUUCAGGGGUAGGUUUGGCAGCACAGGGCUGCUUUCUAAAAAUAUCCAAGGCAGAUUGGUUUUCACCACCACAACCUGAGGA